AUGGUAGGAAAAACACACGGUCAAUGCCAACGUCCACAGCAAGGAGAAAGGAGAUUUGGAGAUGCACCAGAGGUUGUCUAUGUCGAUCCCAAGCCACCAGAUCCUUCAAGGAUCAAUCAACAUCCAACUUCUCAAACCCAUACUCAUCAUGUUGCUAAUUCUCGGUUUGAUCAUAAAUCUUUUGCUGAUAAAAUUGAACUCUUUACAUUUUCAGGAGGAAUAAGCUACCUAACAUGGGAGAGGAACCUUGAUGAAUGGUUUCACUACAACAACAUCCUCAAGGAAGAGAGGCUAUCUUAUGCCCUUGAUCAACUAAAAGGUAAUGCCUUUAAAUGGUGGGUACAAGAAGAAGAUGAUAGAUGGUUUUACAAGGAGACAGCUAUCAAAACGUGGAGAGCUCUUAAGGAAGUCAUGAGGGAUGAAUUUGCAGCAGAACUCACAAGUUCUAAGAUCAAAAAGAUAUACCCUAGGAGGUAUCUAACUCAUGGUUCCAAAGAAAAAUCAGAACCUUUUAUUGUCCAAGUAAAGGCUAAGGUAAGUCCUAUACUUGAUAAAUUUGUUUAUAAAUCAUCUCCCACUGGUAUGAGUCACUUGUCUUUGUCCAAGAAUGUUAAGACAGGUCCUUAGGUUCAGAAAGACACGAUCUCCCCAUCCUUGUUGAGAUCAAAAGUUGUCCAUGAUUUAAGUCCAAGAUACAAGGAGAUUUUAAACCCAAAUAAAGAAGAGCCAUCAAGCCAAGGUAAGUCUUCUAACUCUGAGGAUUUGAAAAAUCAGACAUGUUAUAGAUGUCAUAAGAAAGGACACUAUGCUGUAGUUUGUCCUACUAAGCAAGCAUUGAUAGAAACAUCACUAGAAGAGAAAACAGAUUUAUCUAUGAAAAGUGAUAGUUUUAUUCAAACUGAUUUAUUGGUUCCAUAUUCUUGUAUAAUGCACUUGUCUUUGUCAAAGGGUGUUGUAACAGGACUUAAGGAGCAAGAAUUUAAAGAAGAAGAACCACCAGGCGUGACUAUUAUGAUGGACCAGAAGAUUGUUUAAGAGACAAUGCAGUCCAUAUUGCUUAAAGAAGCAAAACCAAAACAAUACCAAGGUAAGGCUUUAGAAUCUCAAAAGAGAAUGAAAGCUGACUUGCUCUAUCUUGGUGCAGAUUAUACAGUUUCGAAGUCGAAACCUUGUCAAGAGGGAGGGGAUGAUGUGGUCAUCAGAUCAGCAACUGAACCGGAGGUCAACCCAAAGCCCUACUCAACCAGCCAAGGCGCUAAGCAGAACACAUGUGCACUAAAAAUGCCGUAUCUUACAAACCAGGAGGGUUUAAGUCACAAGAUAAAUUUUAGUGGACUCUACACUCAAGAAGGAGUCCAGCCCACUUAUAAUCAGUCCAAAAUAUUCACGGAGCAAGAAGUUAUGAAUUUUACAAGUCAGAGGUUUUCCAGCCCGUCCAUCUGCGAGUACCCGACUUUAGAAGGAGAUUUAAGCUCAAGUAAGGAGCGGCCUGAAGCAAAGCCCAUCAUAGGAGUCAAGAGGAGUUUAUCAGAUUUCCAGAAAGCCUAAGAUCAGGAGAAAUGGCCACGGAAUUAUGAAUUUAUGAUCCAAUCUCCAAAACCGGCCAAUCCAGUUCUACACUUACCUCAAUUGGAAGCUAACCGGUUCAAUCAGCUUCAAACCAGACAUUGGCGACCAGGAGAUCAUUUCAACCAAUCAGGAGAUAUUCUAGGAGUCCAGGAGGAGUUCUGCAAGUUCAUACCAUGCACCAGCAACCAUUGGAUCAUGAGGAUCCUCAUUUACUCAAACCUGCCUUAUUUGGAGCAAACCGACAUUAAUGUCCAACAACUCUUUUCUCUUCAGAUCAGGAACGAGAUCAGAACCUAUCAAGCACCCAGGAAGGUCCCAAGGAAGCUCUCUUAUCCAUUAAAACCGUCCAGGUUCAAGAAGAAUCAAGUUUCUCACUUGGAGCCAAAAUCCCAUAAAAGGCUCCAACGGCUAGUUUUUCGAUUUUGUUACUUUGCUUGAUUUGUUUUCUUUUCUAUUUGUUUUAGAACGUUAGAACCUUUGUCUCUGAGCCUUAUAUAAGCUCCUAGACGUCCAUUGUAAAGAGCACCAUUAAACACCAAGUUAAAAGAAAGUUUAUUCAGUUUUAUCAAAGUUGUUCUUUGUAUAAAAUAACGGUCUUUAGGAUUCAAAGAGAGAUUCUUUGUUGUCUUAUUGAUUUCGUGAGUCUAGUUUGUUUGUGCAAAUCAAACAAGCUCAGUACACAGAUUGAGAUAGUCAAUCAC